UUCUCCUGCUGGCUCUGCUGAACUUUUUCGUCGUUGCGAACGAAAAAACCUUAUUCCUCCAUUUUCCUCCCAUAAUUUGUGGCAGCGCUGGAACGACGCGCGUUCGAUUCAAAAUUUCACCCAAAAAGGUUUCCCGCAGCCGUUCGUCUGCCGUCGCUUCCGCGACCACAGCCACGACGACGAUGAGCAGCAGCACUUCCGGUUCGUCGGGCCUGCAGAUGUCCACCUCGUCGACGGUGCUGAGCCUGGCGGAGAAGCAAAAGUACAUCGAGGACUACGACUUCCCGUACUGCGACGAGUCGAGCAAGUACGAAAAGGUGGCCAAGAUUGGCCAGGGCACGUUCGGGGAGGUGUUCAAGGCCCGGGAGAAAAAGUCCAACAAAAAGUUCGUGGCCAUGAAGAAGGUGCUGAUGGACAACGAAAAGGAGGGCUUUCCGAUUACGGCUCUGCGGGAGAUUCGUAUCUUGCAGCUGCUGAAGCACGAGAAUGUGGUGAAUCUGAUUGAGAUUUGCCGGACGAAGGCAACGGCCAACAAUCGGUACAGGUCUACGUUUUAUCUGGUGUUUGACUUUUGCGAGCACGAUCUGGCCGGGUUGUUGUCGAACAUCAACGUCAAGUUCAGCCUCGGCGAGAUCAAGAAGGUCAUGCAGCAGCUGCUGAACGGGCUGUACUACAUUCACAGCAACAAGAUUCUGCACCGUGACAUGAAGGCGGCCAACGUGCUGAUCACCAAGAACGGUGUCCUCAAGCUGGCCGAUUUCGGUCUGGCGCGUGCCUUCAGCAUUACCAAAAACGGUCAAGCCAAUCGGUACACGAACCGCGUGGUCACACUGUGGUACCGUCCGCCAGAGCUUCUGCUCGGCGACCGCAACUACGGUCCUCCCGUUGAUAUGUGGGGCGCCGGCUGCAUCAUGGCGGAAAUGUGGACCCGAUCACCGAUCAUGCAGGGCGCCACCGAGCAGCAGCAGCUCAUUUUUAUCUCGCAGCUGUGCGGAUCGUUCACACCGGACGUGUGGCCCGGCGUCGAAUCGCUCGAGCUGUACCAGAAGAUGGAACUGCCGAUGGGACACAAGCGCAAGGUGCGCGACCGUCUGCGGCCGUACGUCAAAGACUCGCACGGCGUCGAUCUGCUCGACAAGCUGCUCAUCCUGGAUCCGAAGGAGCGCACCGACGCCGAUUCCGCCCUCAACCAUGACUUCUUCUGGACCGACCCGAUGCCCUGUGAUCUCAGCAAGAUGCUGUCCCAGCACACGCAGAGUAUGUUCGAGUAUCUUACUCCGCCGCGCCGUGCUUGCCAAAUGCGCCAGUAUCAGCAGCAAAUGGUCAACACCAUGCAGCCUCGGCCCCAGGACAACAGCUAUCAGGAUCGCGUUUACUAGGAGGUCCACCAAAAGAAUACAAUUUCUACACACAUUAUUAUUUAAUCGCAGCGUAGAAGUUGAUAUACGUCAUCAUAAUCGUAGGAAGUAGUUAGUUUAGUAACGCGUUUGUUAUUUACGCGGGGUUCAAUAUUAUCUUUACAUUUAUUUUCCCAAAAAGGGUCCUGAAUUACCUUUUCAGCCGAAUGAAUUUAUUAAAUAAAACAAUAAAGUACCUUAA